AUGGCUGCUUCUGGGGUUAGUUCUAGUAAGCAAAUGAAGAGGUUGGAGUCAAGGAAAUCACAUUCUUGGUGGUGGGAUAGUCAUAUUGGUCCUAAGAAUUCUAGGUGGCUCUCUGGAAAUCUUGAAGAGAUGGACCGUAGCGUGAAACGGAUGUUGAAGCUGAUAGAAGAAGACGCAGAUUCAUUUGCUAGAAAAGCUGAAAUGUAUUACAAGAAGAGACCAGAGUUGAUUGCUUUGGUCGAGGAGUUUUACCGUGGUUAUCGAGCCUUGGCAGAACGCUACGAUCAUGUGACUGGAGAGUUGCGGAAGAAUGUACAAACGGAUCUCCAAUCUCAAGGGUCGGGUUUUUCAGACACCGGCUCUGAACCGUUUUCGACUCUGCCCUCUCCAAAUGUAGCUCAUACUAAAUCUAGUAACCGAGCUGCUGGGUUUGAUUUCUUUCUGGGACCCGGUGGAAACGCUUCUGAUAUAAACCAAAAAGAUGGAGAUGACUCCUCGAGUGUGACGGAUUCUGAGGAGGAAUCUGAUGAUUCGUCAGUCAAUAAUUAUUCAGCUUUCUCGCGGAAUGGUAGUGAUCCCGGGAUGAACAGAAGAAUAUCCGAGUUAGAAAAUGAACUACGCGAGGUAAAAGAAAAGCUGUGGACACAGGAAGGGGAACACGCAGAGGUUUCCGUUUCAUCUAGUGAGACGAGAAUUGAGAAUGUCGAAGAUGCUUAUGCGAAAAUUAAUGCAUAUGAACAAGAUCUAAUGAUUGUGAAUGAAAAGUUAAGGAUGUCAGAAGAAGAAAUCGCUAAACUAAAGACUGAACUCGAAAACUACAGAUCCUUGGAUUUAGGAAAUACCGAUGCUGGUGUCGAUAAGGAACUAGAGGUUCAAGGAAGCAUUGAUGGUGCUGAUAGGGAAUUGUUCGAGUCGAGUAAUGACAAUGUGGCACUUAUAGAGGAGCUUCGAAUUGUCAAAGAAAAACUCAAGGCUUCCGAAACGCAAGUUGCUUCACUGAAAACUGAGGUGAAUAAAUCCAAGGAAAGAAUUCAGCAGCUGCAGGAACAACUUGACUUGGCUCGAAAAGACAUUUCUUCCUGGAAAACCAAAUUCAGUGUCGAGAAAAGAGAGAGCACGAAAUUCCAAGAAAGACUCGCGAGGUUAAAGAGUAGUUUACUGGACCGGGAUAAUGAGAUCAGGGAGUUGAAAACCGCUGUAUCGGAUGCCGAGGAGAAAAUCUUCCCGGAGAAAGCUAAUCUGAAGUUGGAAAUGUCCAAGUUGUUGGAGCAACAGACACAUUUAAAAGAGCUGAUCAGAGAAUGGGAAUGCCGCGGUCGAUCGUUUGAAGAAGAGAUCAGAAACAUUCAAUCCGAAAGGAUCGAGAUGGAGGCAGAAUUCAAAGACAGAAUCGAGUUACUCAAGGCAGAAAUCAAUCAGAGAGAAAACAACAUAAAAGAACUCAAUGUAAGCCUUGAUAAUCUCAAUAUCCUAAUAGGUUCACUCAAGGAAGAUGUGAACUCUAGAGACGGCAGGAUAGAAAGUCUCGACCGACAUUUGAACGAAUUACAUAUGGAACAUGUACAACUGAUUUCCGGAAUGGAAGAAUCACGCAGACAAGCAGAAGAAAUAAAAACAAAAGCUAAGAAACUCGAGGAACUCGUCGAGAGGCAAAAAUCGGAGAUUUUAGAAACAGCCGAGGAGAAGCGCGAGGCGAUUCGGCAGCUAUGCUUCUCACUUGAACACUAUAGAAAUAACUAUCAUAUGCUUAAGCAGCAUUUUAUAGGGCAUAAGAGGGUUCCAAUUUUGGCUGCAUAA